CAACAGUACAACCUGAUAAGCCGCGAGUCAGAGUUGGAAGCCUUCCAGGUGUGCAAGACUGAGGGUUUGGGAGUGCUGCCGUGGAGUCCACUUAAACAGGGUAUCCUCACGGGAAAGCUACAGCGAGGUGUCAAACCUACUGAGGGUCGGGCUGCAUGGGCGACGAAGAUCCCGUCGCUGUCGGACCUGAGUGAUAGAACGUUCGACAUUAUCGAUGUGGCUGAGGAUAUUGGCAAAAAGCACGGUAAAAGCGUGCCCCAAGUGGCCAUCCGUUGGUUGCUUCAGAAGGAUGUGGUCUCUUCGGUCAUCAUCGGAGCCAGGACUUUGACGCAGCUGGACAGCAACAUGGGCGCUGCCAGUGGCUGGAGUUUGACCAAGGAAGAG